ACCAAUUGGAGGCAGGCAGAAAGAAUACCAAUCUUUAAUAAUAAAGCAAGACAAAAUCUGCAAUCGGGACAUCAGGAUGGCUGAGCCUCGGUUCAACAACCCCUACUUCUGGCCUCCGCCUCCCUCCAUGCCUGGCCAGCUGGAUAACCUGGUGCUCAUCAACAAGAUCAAGGAGCAGCUGAUGGCUGAGAAGAUCCGACCCCUGCACCUGCCACCCAACUCAGCCUCCUCUCAGCAAACCCUGCUGGUGGCUUCCUCCCCCUCGGACGGGGGGCAGCAGCAGCAUGGCAUGCCCAUGCCCAAGCACCAGCAGGGGCAGCACCACCCUCAGGGCUCGGUCCAGCAGCCCGACAUCGCCCUGCACGCCCGCCCAGCCUCCAGCUCUGUGCCAGGUAGGUACUGUAACAGUGUUUACGUGAAUAUGGAUGACAAGUCAGCAGUGAAGGCCAAAGGACUGUGGGAUGAGUGGCACAUGCGACAGAUCGUAGAGCAGCCCUCUAGAGUUAACCAUCGGUCAGGUCUGGCCCCGUCGUCCCGGCCAGACGGCCACAGCAUUUCCGAGGCCCUCACGCCCACCACACCCACCUCCAGCAGCCAGAACCGACUGGGAGGGGCCCCAUCGGUCAACAUCAUCUCCGGAUUGGCCAGUGGGCCUGGCAUGGAGCAGAUGAAGAGCGGGGGCCUGGCCGGACUCCUCGGCCCUCCACCCAAGACACCCCGCGGGCGGAAGAAGAUCAAAGCGGAGAGCGGAGGGGCUCUUCUGGUGGUGCCCUACCCCAUCAUGGCCUCUGGCGCAGACCAGGGCUGCAUCACCUUCCCUGCCAAAGAGGGCAAAACGUACAGAUGCAAAGUGUGUCCGCUUACCUUCUUGUCCAAGUCGGAGAUGCAGAUCCACUCCAAGUCCCACACGGAGGCCAAACCCCACAAGUGUCCCCACUGCUCCAAGUCCUUUGCCAAUGCGUCCUACCUGGCCCAGCACCUCCGCAUUCACCUGGGCAUCAAGCCUUACCACUGCUCCUACUGCGAGAACUCCUUCCGUCAGCUCUCGCACCUGCAGCAGCACACCAGAAUCCACACUGGUGACAGACCCUAUAAAUGCGCGGCCCCUGGAUGUGAAAAGGCCUUUACCCAGCUCUCUAACCUACAGUCUCACCAGAGGCAGCACAACAAGGACAAGCCGUACAAAUGUCCCAACUGCUACCGUGCCUACUCAGAUUCAGCAUCGUUACAGAUCCACCUGUCUACGCACGCCAUCAAAAACGCUAAGGCCUACUGCUGCAGUAUGUGUGGCCGGGCAUACACCUCAGAAACCUACCUUAUGAAGCACAUGUCCAAACAUACAGUGGUUGAGCACCUAGUGAGCCACCAGUCCCCCCAGAGGACAGAGUCUCCCAGUAUCCCAAUACGCAUCUCCCUCAUCUGAGCUCUCCACCCACACAGCAUUACUGUAUGUUGUUGUAUUCAUUUUCUAUGUAAGGCUGUAGUUUAGGGACCCUGCAUAUAAGGCCAUCGACACAAGG